AUGGGGUGUACACCGAGUAUGCUGCUGGACCACAAAAGCCGGCGGCGCGGCAGCUCCGGCUCUCAGGAGGCGGCGCUGGCCAAAGUCGCACCCACGCCGGUCUGCAACAAGGCCGUGCAAGCCGCCAGAGCCCCCAGGGCCUCCUUGGAAUCCGAUGGCUUCAGCAUACAGCUGUCAAGCAAGAAGGACAGCUACGUGUCGCAAAUGGGAAACAAUUUUGCGACACAGCUCCACAUCAAGAGAAUAUCUGCUGGACCAGUUGGUGAUGUAACGAUAUGA